CGUUAGCGAACAGCAUGGAUGCGUAGGCUGGUCUGGAUCCAUGCUGGUCGCAAAGCCACUAUGUUGGUUUUCUCAUAGCGCGGCUCAUUUAUUAAUUCAUUAAAACUGUUGGAUGCAGACAAUGCGAACUGAUAAUUAUGCAAACUAUGUGUACAAUAGUUUUCCUAGUUGAAACGGUGCGAAGUUAAUAGUCAACAAGCAAGUUUGCUUACGUAUAUUAUAUAGACUCACCUGCGUACAAUAUAUACUCUAGAAAUCGGUCAUUUGGCAUAAUAAGAAACAGAAUACGCUUAAGGCUGAUGCAGAAACAUUUCACGGAGUAGAAUAUAUCUUUGUGUAUUGGAAAAUUUAUACUGAUCAUGCAGCUACGUGAUAUUGCAUAUAUAGGCAUGUAAUGUAGAAUAAUUUAAAUAUUGAGCAAAAACUUCACGAAAGAACGGCGAUGACAGUCAGCGGUAAUUGUCUAAAAUCAGGGAACAAAAUAUCUAAUAUGGAAAAUAAAUUGCCGCGUCACACAGAUCAGGAAAACUUUGUGUGCGAAGAGGGUGGCGUUUUGUUAUUAAAUGGAUGUGUACAACCAGAGAGAAACUGCAGUUGUGGCAUUAUUGACCAAACAGGGCAUACUACCUCAAGACGAGAUCAAACCAUCAAGAUUAAUUAUGGAUCAAAAUGUGACGCGUUAGGACUGAAUUUUGAUACAGAACCAGACAACAAUGAUAUGCAUUAUAAAGUAUCAGAUGUACCAAAUGUUUUUUCAGCUUUUAUAUUUGGAUUGCAGCAAGUUUUACUCAGUAUCAGUUCUACAAUUUCUAUUCCAUUGAUCGUUGCCAAUGAGAUAUGUGCUGGUGACCUUGACCUUGUGAAGUCAGAAAUUAUGUCUACGUUCCUGUUCAUGUGUGGUGUGUGUACCAUCUUGCAAACUGCUGUAGGGGUUAGACUGCCAAUUAUUCAAGGAGGAUGCCACAAAUUUAUACCAGCAGUUGCAGCACUGAUGGCCUUACCCAUUUGGAAGUGUCCAGAUCUUAGUCCAGUAGAAUCUAUGGGUGUUACAGGUAACGGAUCCGAGGCAAAUUUUACUCUUGUACCAAGAUUUACAGAUGAUGAACGGACUACAAUGUGGCAAAGCAGAAUGAAAGAGAUUCAGGGAGGAAUUAUUCUUUCAGCCUUGGUUCAAGUAGUGAUCGGAUGCACAGGAAUUCUUGGCUUGAUUUUAAACUUCAUUGGACCUAUUACUAUUGUUCCUACAAUAACAUUGGUCGGACUCUCACUCAUUGAUGUAGCACUACGAUUCUGCCAAGUUCACUGGGGAAUUACCAGCUUAACUGUUUGUUUGGUUUUUCUGUUUUCUUUGUACAUGAGUGAAAUCAAGCUACCACUUCCGGCAUAUAGCAAGCGAAGGAAAUGUCAUAUAACGAUGUAUCCAGUAUUUAAAUUGUUACCGGUAAUACUGGCUGUGGCUAUCUCUUGGGGCGUAUGCGCAAUUUUAACCGUUACAGACAGACUUUCUUCAGAUCCGAAGAGUCAGGAAUAUUUCACUCGCACGGACGCAAGGACAAAUGUUCUUGAGACUGCUGAAUGGUUCUUCUUUCCGUAUCCAGGCCAAUGGGGUCUACCGACUGUUAGUAUCGCCAGUUUUAUGGCAAUGCUUGCCGCAACUAUGACAUCUAUCAUAGAGUCUGUGGGUGAUUACUACGCAUGCGCGAGAAUAUCUUGUGUUUCUCCGCCUCCUACACACGCGGUCAAUAGAGGUAUUGCUAUUGAAGGUUUUGGCAGCAUUCUGUCUGGCAUCGUGGGGUCCGGGGGUGCAACGACCUCGUACAGUCAAAAUGUUGGUGCAAUUGGAUUCACCAAGGUAGCGAGCAGAAGAGCUUUCCAGGUUGCAGGUUUGAUAUUUUUACUGUGUGGACUGUGUGGAAAGUUUGGAGCUUUGCUAACUCAAUUACCAGAUCCGGUACUCGGUGGUAUCGUCCUCGUCAGUUUUGGAAUGGUUACAGCAGUAGGACUGUCGAACCUUCAGUUUGUAUCAUUACAGUCCAGCCGGAAUUUAGUCAUCAUAGGUACCUCAUUGCUCAUUGGUCUAAUGGCUCCUAGAUAUAUCGCCGCAAAUCCUGGAUGUAUAAAAACAGGUGACGAUGAGGUAGAUCGUGUUUUGACGGUGUUGCUCAGCACAGCAAUGUUUGUGGGUGGAUUUGUAGGUUUUGUUUUAGAUAACACAGUCCCAGGUUCUGAUGAGGAAAGAGGGAUAAAGUCUUGGAGGAAGACCUAUACAGCGGACCCCAACAAUGUCGAUUCCAUAGAGGAUGAUACUUACGACCUUCCGUUUAUCAUGAAUUGCCUUAGACAGCAUAAAUGGACAACUUACAUUCCAUUUCUUCCAACAUUCCGAUUUAGUAUUGGGAAAUAUCUAAAAGGCUUGUGCUCAAAGUGCAGAGACCGUUGAUAAUAAGAGACCAAUGUUUUGUAGAUACGGCAUCAAUAUUUUAUAUUUUAUUAUUAUUAUUACACAGAAGAAAUAGUACCAGCAUACAACUAUAAUCAUUCACUCAUUAUCGAUGUGGAUAUUGUUUACGUGUAUUAUGCACUUGUACUCGAUUGGGAUAAAAUACGAUACUUUGUUACAUAUGUUAUAUCGGUUAUGGGAAUGCUAUUUUAUUAAAAAGAAAUAUAAAAGAAUGUUUGUAAUUUUGUUGUACAGUUUUGUUUGCUAUAUCACUUUUGAAGUAAAAUCAUGGUAGUGUAGUGAUGAUUCAAAUGCUAGAUGCUAAAUACAGUAGAAAGAAAAAG